AUGCAGGAGGAGAUGGGGUCUCUUCAUAGGAACGACACAUGGGAGCUUGUCGAGCUUCAAAAUGGAUGGAAGGCUAUUGGUUACAAGUGGGUGUAUACGAAGAAGGAGGGCAUUGAAGGCAUUCUCGUGAGGUUCAAGUCUAGGUUGGUCGUGAAGGGAUAUUAUGGUUUAGAAUUAGAUCAAUUGGGUGUGAAAAUAACAUUUCUUUAUGGUGAUCUUGAUGAGAAAAUCUAUAUGACUCAGUCAUUGGGGUUCCAAGCUACAGAGAAGGAAAAAUCCGCCAUAGAUAGAUUAAAGAUUCAGCUUUCAAAUGAGUUCGAGAUGAAGGAUUUGGGUGAAGCCAAGCGCAUUUUAGGAAUGGAGAUCAGUAGAGGCAGAGACAAGGAAAGAAUUUGUCUAACACAUGUGAUAGUUGAAGAUAGAGAGUUGAUGUCGGAGACUCCAUAUGCGAGCAUAGUUAGAAGUUUGAUGUACACCACAGUUUGUACGAGACCGAAUUUGUCACAGCUGGACACUAGCGGUGGGCAGCUAUGUAUUGGAUAUGUAGAUUAA